AUGUACAUCACCCUCUACUACAUAGUCACCCGGCUCCCUGACACCCUUCGCCCGGUUAGGGACCACUUCCUCUCUGUUUGCCCCACCACCCUCACCGUUGACCUCCUCGAGGAGCGCCUGCUCGCGGCAGAGAAGAGCAUAGUCGCAGUAGGUGCCUCUCGUGGUGACCCUCGUACCCCUGUCUUUGAGGGGUGCUCCCCCUCUCCCCUCUUGCCCUCUGUUGCCUCUGCUGCUGCGGCCGACCUCGUUGGUCUUGAGUCGGUCGCUGCGGCGUCUGCCCCUAGCGGGAGACGCCGCCCUGGCAAGGGCAAGGGGGGCAAGGGUGCUGGAGGGGCUGGAGGGGGCGGUGGAGGCGGAGGUGGAGGUGGUGGAGGGGGUGGGGGUGGCGGUGGGGGUGGUGGCGGGGGUGGGGGCGUCGGUGGCGGGACUGGAGGUGGAGGUGGAGGCGGCGGUGGCGGUGGGAGCGGAGGUGGCGGAGGUGGCGGUAGUGGAGGAGGUAGCGGCGGAGGCGGCGGAGCUGGUCGGGGUGGCGCUGCGCAGAGGGGUGGCUCCGGUGGUGGUGCGCGCCAGCAGCAGCAGCAGCAGCGUACCCGUGAGACCCCUUCCCCCCAGCAGCUUCGUGAGUGGUACGCUGCUCGUCAGCGGGGUGGGGGUGCUGGCCCCUGCACCUACGUUCUCCGUACCGGCGACCGGGCGGGUGAGCAGUGUGGAGGCCCGCACCCCACCCAGCGCUGCUUCGGUCGGCUGACAGACGCGUGGCGCCACCAGUUCCCCGACGCUACGGAGAUCCCUCGCUGGGGCGAGCUGUCUAGGGCGGGUGUUGCAAUCUAUGAUCUUGACUUUGAUGCUAUUCUUGCUGCCAUGUAUGCUGUGACUAUUAGUGAUGAGGGUGACUGUUACCGGUGUUUCCCGCCUGACCCAGGCAUAGAGGCUGCUGCGCUAGGUACUUGUGAGGCUGCUGCUCUAGGUGCCAGUGCGUCUGCUGCCCCAGGUGCCGGUGAGUUUGCGCUCUCAGGUGCUGCGUCGCCCCCGGACACCCACACCUUCACCCUUGACUCGGGUGCUUCCCGCUCCUUCUUUCGAGACUGCACCACUCUCACACCGCUCAGUCGGCCUGUUGCGGUCUCCCUAGCGGACCCCUCUGGGGGUCCUGUCCUUGCUCACUACUCCACUGUCCUACCGUGUCCAGCGGUCCCGUCUGGCUCCCUGUCGGGUCUCUACCUCCCCUCGUUCUCUACGAACUUGGUGGCGGGUGCUGACCUCCAGGAUGCAGGAGUUGACCAGUUCACCCCUGCGCGUCAGCGGGUGACCCACUGCACUUGUGCGGACACGGGCCGCCACUUGGCCACGUUUGCUCGUCGGCCAGGGUCGAGCCUGUACACACUGACUACUGAGUCUUCCCCAGUCACUGAGUCUGCUCAGGUAGCCGCGUCGGGUCAGGUGUUUGCUGCGGCGUCCAGGUCUGGUCCUGAGUCUGCCCCCUGCUCGUGUCGUCUCCUGUCUCACCGGACUCUCCUCUGGCACCACCGUCUUGGUCACCCCUCCCUGCCUCGCCUUCGAGGCAUGGCUUCCCGUCUUCUUGUUUCUGGUCUCCCCCGGUCCCUCCCUCCUCUUCCUCCGGGGCCUGCCCCCACCUGCGUUCCCUGCGUCGAGGGGCGGCAGCGCGCUGCUCCUCACUCCUCCGAGUUUCCUCCGACAGAGGCUCCGCUGCAGACGCUUCACAUGGACGUGUGGGGCCCAGCCCGCGUCCGUGGGCAGGGUCAGGAGCGCUACUUCCUGCUGGUGGUUGACGACUACUCGCGUUACACCGCAGUCUUCCCCUUGCGCAGCAAGGGUGACGUCACUGAGGUGUUGAUCGCCUGGAUCCGCGCGGCUCGUCUCCAGCUCCAGGAGAGUUUCGGCUCCGACUUUCCUGUUCGGCGUCUGCACUCCGACCGAGGCGGAGAGUUCUCCUCUGACCUUCUGCAGACCUUCUGUCGCACACGAGGCAUCCGCCAGACCUUCACGCUUCCGGACUCUCCGCAGCAGAAUGGGAUUGCUGAGCGCCGCAUCGGCAUGGUCAUGGACGUCGCUCGUACGUCCAUGAUCCAUGCGGCUGCUCCCCAUUUUCUGUGGCCGUUUGCGGUUCGGUACGCGGCGCAUCAGCUCAACCUCCACCCCAGGGUCUCCAUGCCGGAGACCUCCCCUGCUUUGCUGUGGACGGGGAAGGUUGGUGAUGCGUCGCGUUUUCGGGUCUGGGGAUCUAGGGCGUUUGUCCGCGACUUGUCUGCGGACAAGCUGUCCUCUCGUGCUGUUCCCUGCGUCUUCCUUGGCUUUCCCCCUGACGCGCCAGGCUGGCAGUUCUACCACCCCACCUCGCGCCGUGUCUUCGCGUCCCAGGACGUCACCUUUGACGAGUCGGUUCCCUACUACCGUCUCUUCCCCUACCGCACUGCGUCCCUCCCUUCCCCGUCGCUCUUCCUUACACCAGGCCCCCCUCCGGUAGACCCCCUCCCCCCUCAGGGUCCUGCUCCCUCAGGUGUGUCCCAGGUAGAUGCAGUUGAGCCAGUCGAGGUAGCUGUUGACUCUGGUACUGCUGGUGGUGCUGAGCCUGGGGGUGCUGGGUCUGGGGGUGCUGCGACUGGGGGUGCUGGGUCUGGGGGUGCUGCGACUGGGGGUGCUGAGCCUGGGGGUGCUGAGCCUGGGGGUGCUGAGCCUGGGGGUGCUGCGCCUGGGGGUGCUGCGCCUGGGGGUGCUGAGCCUGGGGGUGCUGAGUCUCGGAGUGCGGAGCCUGAGAGUGCUGGACCUGCUCGUCCGGCGUCUGGUGGUGCUGAGCCUGGCGGUUCCUCCGGUGCUUCGUCCCGGCGGGAGCUGCUCUCUCCACAGGAGCUGCGUGAGUGGUUCGCCCGGCGCUGGCGACGUGCUGCUGGAGCUGGUGGUGCUGCUGGUGUUGCUGGCGCUGGAGCUGCUGGUGCUGCUGGAGCUGCUGGUGCUGCUGGUGCUGCUGGUGCUGCUGGUGCUACUGGCGUUGGUGCUGCUGGAGCUCCUGGAGCUGGAGCUGCUGCGUCUUCGGGUGGUCCGGCUGGAGCUGGAGCUACUGGGGGUGUUGGCGCUGGGGGUGCUCCUGGCGCUGGUGCUGCUGGGGGUGCUGGAGUUGGAGCUGCUGGAGUUGCGGGUCUUCCUGGUGCUGGUGCUCCCGCUGGGGGCGCUGGUGCUGUUCCUGCUGGCACUGGUGGAGCUGCGCGGCCGCGGCCGUACUUCGUUCCGCUCCUUGAGCAGGUUCUUGGUCUUCCGUCCUCUCUUGGUCCUGCUCCUGCCUUAGAGUGUCCGCCUCCUGUCCAGUCUGAGUCACAGUUACAGCCACCUUCCCCGCUUCCUUCUCCUUCUCCCUACACUGGUCCUACUGGAGGUCUUGCUGAGCGUCGUGAGCCUGCGUCUCGCCCUGCGUCGCCUGUCCGUGCUGCUCGCACUAGUGGUCGUGGUUCGCGUCAGCGUCCUCCCCCUGUCCCCGGCACGCACCGGAUGUCUCUGCGUCCUUCCACUGCUCCGCUGCGUGCCCCUUUGCCCUCUCCUCCAGCGUCCUCUCUUCCUGAGCUUCCUGACCCGGAGUCGGACUCCCUUCGUGCUGCGCGUCCUACUGUCACACGUCUCCUUGCUACUGUCGUCACUGACCCUUCCUUUGAGUCUACUGCUGCGUCUGCCCUAGUUGCUGAGCUUGUCGACUUCGCUGCUCGCUGUCGCCUAGACUACGCUACCAGUCUCGUCGCUGAGUCUGAGUCUGUCUGUCCUCCGUCCGUCGGGGGUGAGUGUGCUCUUGGCACGGACGUCCUAGAGGACAGGCAGGAGGAGUUCCAGUGCUUGGCUGCUGUUUCACCUCAUUUCGUGUCCAUGCUGCUUGCCCCUGAGGGAGACCCGGAUGCACUUGACAUCCCGACUCCGCGCUCUUACGCGGAGGCGAUAGAGGGUCCCUACUCCUCUCAGUGGCAGGCAGCCAUGGACGCAGAGAUGGCUUCCUGGAAGUCCACAGGCACCUACGUUGACGAGGUUCCCCCGCCUGGGGCGAACAUCGUCAGUGGCAUGUGGAUUUUCAGGGUGAAGCGGCCGCCGGGUUCUCCGCCUGUCUUCAAGGCGCGUUACGUGGCUCGUGGUUUCAGUCAGCGGCAGGGAGUUGACUACUUUCAGACUUUCUCCCCCACCCCGAAGAUGACCACUCUGCACAUAGCUGCUCACCGAGACUACGAGCUGCACUCUCUUGACUUCAGCACUGCUUUCUUGCAGGGCAGCCUUCACGAGGAGAUCUGGCUGCGCCGCCCACCUGGCUUCACUGGGACGUUUCCUCCUGGCACCCAGUGGAGCCUCCGGCGGCCAGUCUACGGUCUCCGCCAGGCGCCUCGUGAGUGGCACGACACACUGAGGACUACACUUGCGGCCCUUGGGUUUGCUCCUUCUACUGCCGACCCGUCGCUGUUUCUGCGCACCGACACUUCUUUGCCGCCGUUCUACAUCCUCGUGUACGUCGAAGACUUGGUCUUUGCUACAGCUGACACUGCUGGACUUGCCUACGUGAAGUCCGAGCUGCAGAAGAGACACACGUGCACAGACCUGGGUGAACUGCGCAGCUACCUUGGCUUGCAGAUCACCAGGGACAGAGCACAGCGCACCAUUACCCUGACUCAGUCACAUAUGGUGCAGCAGGUCCUUCAGCGCUUCGGCUUCACGUACUCCUCGCCUCAGGCCACUCCUCUGCCUACGCGCCACUCGCUCUCAGCUCUGCCUUCGGAUGAGUCCGUAGAGUCGAGUGGCCCGUACCCAGAGCUUGUCGGCUGCCUCAUGUACCUGAUGACCUGCACUCGACCUGACCUUGCAUACCCUCUUAGCAUUCUGGCACGCUUUGUUGCUCCUGGGAGACACAGACCAGAGCACAUGGCUGCAGCGAAGAGGGUGUUGCGCUACUUGUGCAGUACGUCGGGCAUGGGGCUUGUGCUUGGAGGGCAUAGUUCAGUGGUCCUCACUGGUCACGCAGACGCUUCUUGGGCUGACGACCAGGCUACGCAGCGGUCGUCACAGGGUUACACCUUCAGCCUUGGUUCCGGCUCUGUUUCUUGGCGGUCUACCCGCUCGUCUUCUGUUCUCGGCUCCAGUUGUGAGGCUGAGAUCUACGCAGGGGCCAUGGCUGCACAGGAGCUACGCUGGCUCACCUACCUGCUGACUGACCUGGGAGAGCCGCCUCGUUCUCCUCCAGUGCUGUACGUAGACAACAAGGCCAUGCUGGCCUUGUGUCAUGAGCACAGACUGGAGCACAGAACGAAGCACAUCGCUCUCCGCUACUUUCUUGCUCGUGAGCUGCAGCAGCGUGGUCAGCUGCGCCUUGCUUACGUGGCCUCUGAGGCCAACACUGCUGAUAUCUUCACUAAGGCACUCGCGCCUUGUGACCAUCAGCGCUUCUGCACUCUGUUAGGUCUUGUACCUACCUUGCCUCACUUGCUUACUUCUUGA